UAUAGAAAACUCAGAAAACCUUGCAAUAUAUAAAUCCUCAAUUCCUCAUCAACAACCAAAACAAGGAGAUGCAGACGAGCUCUCCACUAGCAUUCAGACCAUAGCUAAGCUGAUUAAUACAAACUCGUUUGCAAUUCAUUUUUCCAAGUACAAUCCCUCCCUUCCUAGCUUCUUAAAUCUCGAUACCUCUUCUUCCUCAAGUAUCGAACUUCGAAUAAUGGAGUUUCAGUUCCAGCUGCAGAAACAGAUUUCAUUUCCGGCGGCGGCUCAAUCACAUAGAGCUUCAGGCAUUCCAAAAAGCAGCAAAGGCAAUAAGUUGAAGGGAGGUAGAAAUAGAAGCAACAACACCAACAAGUUUGUUGGGGUGAGACAGAGACCUUCAGGGAGAUGGGUAGCUGAGAUCAAAGACACAACGCAAAAGAUAAGGAUGUGGCUUGGAACCUUUGAAACUGCUGAAGAGGCUGCUCGAGCUUACGACGAAGCUGCUUGCCUUCUUCGUGGCAACAAUACUCGAACCAACUUCAUCACACAUGUCUCUUUGGAUUCCCCUCUUGCUUCUCGAAUCCAAAAUCUCCUCAACACCAAAAAGCCAGGAUCCAAUUGUGAACAACAAAUCCAAAUGACUAGCAGUACUUCUUCUAGUACUGCCUCUCAUCCCCCCACAGCUAAAAGUACUAGUAGCACAAGUACUAGCGCUAGUUCCACUAGCAAGAGUUGUCUUUCGAGUGAGGUAUCGAAUCAAGAGUCGUCUCAUCAUCAAUUUUCUGAUGAUGUAUACAAACCAGACUUGAGUAACUGCAAUCAGCUCCCUUUUGAUCAGUUGAGUACUAGCACUACUACUUCUUCAAAUUCUUAUCAACCCAAUAUUUCUUGGGUUGAUGGAUUCUCAUUUGCUCAGCAAAUGUUUGCGACACCAAAAGAUGAAGCUGCUUUGUCGAGCGAAUUAACUUCCGCUGAUGAACGUGGUGAUUCGGAUGAGUUGUUGGAAUUCGAAAGGAUGAAAGUCGAAAGACAGAUAUCAGCUUCUUUGUAUGCUAUGAAUGGUGUGCAAGAGUAUAUGGACACAGUUCAUGAUGCGAAUGAAGCUCUUUGGGAUCUUCAACCAUUCUGUGCUUUGUGAUCCAACUGUUCCAUGCAUGCCUUUAUGGAUAUUAAUCUUCAUCUCUCUUUCUGUUUCAUUGAUUCUGGUCACUUUUUUCUUUUCUUUUUUUCACUCACUAUAUACUCUUAAGAAAAGAGUUAAUUAAUAGAUCGGAUAACAAUAACAGAUCGAGAAUUA